GUGUCUAAAUGACGUUGCGCUAACAACGUGCGUUACACAUCCGCCCUUUUGCCUCGAUCACUUCCAACAUAAUGCGGUAUUAUCUUGUGAGCCAAGACAAUCUGGACAACUACGACGACGACGAUGGUCCAAGCUCAAGCCCGGGAAUGGCUCUCAAACGACGGGCUGAAGCCACAGAAGAAGCCUAUCACCGAUUUAGACCGCUCUCACACACGUUGGCAUUCAUCGACAUCUCUCCCAUAUAACUCCUCCAAGCCCCCACGGCUUUCGUGGAAGAUGAUCCUCUCAACUCUGACUGCCGUAGCUCUCAUCUCAGCGUUUUUGCGCUGUGCCACCAGUGCUAAAAGCAAUCAUGAUCAAGAAGCGCCUCUUGAGCGAUCAUGGGCACAGUAUUCACCUUUUUUCCCUGUUGCACAAUACAUCCCACCGCCAGCUGGUUGUGAAGUCACUCAGGCCAUUAUCCUUGAGCGACAUGGAGCACGAUUUCCUACCGCCGGCGCUGCUGUGGGGAUCGUUUCUGCCAUAGAUAAACUCCAGCGCGUCAAAGUCGCAUUUAGAGAUCCAAAGUUGGAUUUCUUGAAAACCUAUAAGUAUGAUUUGGGGACGGAUGACCUGGUCCCAUCUGGGGCACAACAGUCUUUCGACGCUGGGCAAGUCGCCUUCAAUCGAUACGCCCAUCUAAUAUCGGAGGAGAAGCUGCCAUUUGUACGUGCGUCUCAGUCUCAGCGAGUGAUUCUGAGCGCGACAAAUUGGACCGCCGGAUUCCGCGCAGCAAGUAAGGAACGUUACAAUCCAACACUUUCCGUGACGAUACCCGAGGCCAAAGGUGUGAAUAACACAUUGGAUGAUAAUAAUUGUUCUGCAGCAAAUGGUUCCGACGCACAGACUGCUCAAUGGAUCAGCGUAUUUGCGCCAUCGAUCACACGGAGGUUAAAUGAAGGUGCACCCGGUGCAAACCUUACCGACCAAGACAUUUACUCUUUGAUGUCCCUUUGCGCGUUCGACACUGUUGCCCAUUCGUUGGAUGGCAAAUCUCUGGAUAACCAAAGUCCGUUCUGCGACCUGUUCUCGAGGAAGGAAUUUGAUUACUUCGAAUAUGUCGGUGACCUGGAUAAAUACUAUAACACUGGGCAAGUCCUCCGAAUUUACUUUUUGAUCUCGGUUUUUGCUACCUUUCUCUGACAUCAAUGGUAGCUACGGUAACCCACUCGGUCCUGUGCAAGGUGUUGGUUACGUCAACGAACUACUUGCUCGUCUUACUUCCACACCUGUGAAAGACUCGACUCAAACGAACCAUACUCUUGAUGAUUCCCCCGUUACGUUUCCAUUGAACCGAACCAUCUAUGCCGAUUUCUCUCAUGACAAUCAAUUAAUACCCAUUUAUGCCACCAUCGGAUUGUUCAGGCAGAAAAGGGCUUUGGAUCCACGGAAGUAUGAUCCUAGAAAGUCGUGGAGAGCGAGCGAAUUGGUGCCGUUUGCAGGAAGGAUGGUGGUGGAGAAGCUGAACUGCGGUUCGCGUUCAAGAGAUAGGAAGGACUAUGUGAGGAUAUUCGUGAAUGAAGCCUUACAGCCUCUAGAAUUCUGUUCUCAUGGAAGCGGAUCUGGACUUUGCACGUUGGACGCCUUUGUAGAGAGUCAGGUCUAUGCGAGGAAUAAUGGACAGGGUGAUUUCGAGAAGUGUUUCGAGUGAUUUGGAUUCGAAGUACAUCAUCGACGGCUGGAGCAAAGGGAUUCAGAAUUGGGUGUAAUUUGAUGCGUCCACGAUUUUGUAGCCUGUAUCUGCCCACUAUCGAUAAGCAGGGUUUAUUUACUUCGAGAUUGGCAUCAAGUGCUUUGUAGCUUGGAAUCGUAGA